AUGGACGCUAGAAAUAACGGUCUUGAAAAAUUCUCUCGAAGUGUAUACCGAACAAUUUUUAGAAGAAACUCGGUCUUCAUGGUCGGAAUUUUCGCAACAGCAUUUGCUUUUGAAAUGGCCUUUGAUACUGCCACGGAUAGAUGGUGGGACAGAAUGAAUAAGGGCAAACAAUGGAAAGAUAUUAAAGAUAGAUAUUCUCAAUAA